CAGAAGGCGGCGCGUGCGGUUGGGAACGCGGAGCGGACGGAGUCGAUUCAACGGGGUUCCGGGCUGGGCUAUGGAGCAGGUAAAUGAGCUAAAAGAGAAGGGCAAUAAGGCCCUGAGUGCGGGCAACAUUGAUGACGCGCUACAGUGCUACUCUGAGGCCAUUAAGUUAGAUCCCCAGAACCACGUGCUCUACAGCAACCGCUCAGCGGCCUAUGCCAAGAAGGGUGACUACCAGAAGGCUUACGAGGAUGGCUGCAAAACUGUAGACUUGAAGCCUGACUGGGCCAAGGGCUAUUCGCGGAAAGCAGCAGCUCUUGAGUUCUUAAACCGAUUUGAAGAAGCCAAGCGAACCUACGAAGAGGGUUUAAAACAUGAAGCAAAUAAUCCUCAGCUCAAAGAGGGCUUACAGAAUAUGGAGGCCCGGUUGGCAGAGCGGAAAUUCAUGAACCCUUUCAACAUGCCCAAUCUGUACCAGAAGUUGGAGAGUGAUCCCAGGACAAGGACGCUGCUCGCUGAUCCUACCUACCGGGAACUGAUAGAGCAACUACGAAACAAGCCAUCCGACCUGGGCACGAAACUGCAAGAUCCCCGGAUCAUGACUACUCUCAGUGUCCUGCUGGGGGUCGAUCUGGGCAGUAUGGAUGAGGAGGAGGAAGCUGGAACACCUCCCCCACCUCCUCCUCCCAAGAAGGACACGAAGCCAGAGCCAAUGGAAGAAGAUCUUCCAGAGAAUAAGAAGCAGGCGCUGAAAGAGAAGGAGUUGGGGAAUGAGGCUUACAAGAAGAAAGACUUUGACACAGCCUUGAAGCACUACGACAGAGCCAAGGACCUGGACCCCACCAACAUGACUUACAUGACCAAUCAAGCAGCCGUGUACUUCGAGAAGGGCGACUACAGUAAAUGCCGGGAGCUUUGUGAGAAGGCCAUCGAAGUGGGGCGAGAAAACCGAGAAGACUAUCGACAGAUUGCCAAAGCUUACGCUCGAAUUGGUAACUCCCACUUCAAAGAAGAAAAGUACAAGGAUGCCAUCCAUUUCUAUAACAAGUCUUUGGCAGAGCACCGAACCCCAGAUGUGCUCAAGAAAUGCCAACAGGCGGAGAAAAUUCUGAAGGAACAAGAGCGGCUGGCUUAUAUAAACCCUGACUUGGCGUUGGAGGAGAAGAACAAAGGCAAUGAAUGUUUUCAGAAAGGGGACUAUCCCCAGGCCAUGAAGCAUUAUACAGAAGCCAUCAAACGGAAUCCAAAAGAUGCCAAAUUGUACAGCAAUCGCGCUGCCUGUUACACCAAACUCCUGGAGUUUCAGCUGGCGCUCAAGGACUGUGAGGAAUGUAUCCAGCUAGAGCCCACCUUCAUCAAGGGCUACACCCGGAAAGCGGCCGCCUUGGAGGCGAUGAAGGACUACACGAAAGCCAUGGACGUCUACCAGAAGGCCUUAGAUCUGGACUCCAGCUGUAAGGUGGGGCUGCUCUUGGCCGCCAGGGGGCUCUCCCGUGCCUCCAUUUCUCCUUUGGGUCUUCUCGGUGUUGGUUUGCUGCUGCUUCCUUCUUGCCUGUUUCUCCGUCUGUCUGUCUCCCCCGUUCUCAGUUCCCUUUGUUACCUUGGCCCUGCUGAAGCAGCGAACUGGUACAGUGCUCAUGCGCCCCUUUCUGGCUUUGCUGGGAGGCAGGAGGCAGCGGAUGGUUACCAGCGCUGUAUGAUGGCCCAGUACAACCGCCAUGACAGCCCCGAAGACGUGAAGCGACGGGCCAUGGCCGACCCUGAGGUGCAGCAGAUAAUGAGUGACCCGGCCAUGCGGCUCAUCCUGGAGCAGAUGCAGAAGGACCCCCAGGCGCUCAGCGAACACUUAAAGAAUCCUGUAAUAGCACAGAAGAUCCAGAAGCUGAUGGAUGUGGGUCUGAUUGCAAUUCGGUGAUGACUUGCUCAUCAUCCCCUUCCCUUUGCCCUCAUGUGGAAAGAGGAGCUGGGACCGCAGCUAGCAGCGCGGAGCAGAGGGGAGAGCAGGGGAAAGUGAACAACUUCUCUCUAUAUAUUUAUAUAGACCUAUGUGGAAGAUACAGAGACUUGUAUUCACGUUACUCGCACCGCCGCUGCCUCUGGGCCCUCCCAGCACACGCAUGGUCUCUUCCGCUGUCCUCGGGUUCCCUGUUCCCUUCCCCACCCUCAGUCGCCGUCUCAGCUGCUCUCCCAUAGUUGGUUAAUUUUUAUUUGGGGCAGUGGGCAUGUGUGGGGAGGGGAGGCUCUUCUCCCCCAACCUCCGGGCCAGCUGUCUUCACAUUGUUAACUCCACGUGCCCUUCUCCAAUAAAACAAGCCAGUCGGGCGUGGUUAUA